UCAGAGCACCCCCCUCCUCAUCUCGAGCCCAGAAGUCCGGCCGACCCCCCUCCCACCGGACAAAGUCAUGAGAAUCCAUUGCCUCGCUCCCGGUCUCCCGGAGACCCAUCGCCCUCGCCCCCCUGAGGGCCUUGACUUCUCUGGGCGCCCACGACCCCCGUCCUGCAGCCCCUGAGGGGGUGGCGACCCCUCCCCACCUGCCCCCCCUCCUCCCUGUCUGACCCUUUAUAUAACGGUCUCCUGAGGCUUUCGCCGGUCCAGCCAGCCUCAGCCGGGUCCUCUCUUCCCGCCCUCAGAGGAGUCACCUCAACCCUGGGGAGAGCUGGUAAGCCCCCGAGAGGAUGCAUCCCGGGGCCCCGCUCUUUCGGGGUGACCCCCAGCGUGGAGGCCGAGAUCUCUGCGCCUUCGUCAGUGGGGAGGCCGCCCGGGUCCUGAAAACCCUGCAGCGGCCCCGGAGGACGCAGCCCCCGAAGCGGAGACCCAACCACAGACGCUUCCUCCACAACCAGAUCUGCAGACGUUUUGCAGACAUCGAGGCAGCCACGCGCCGCCUGGCCUCGGCCAUCCUGUCGCAGGAGCCCCGGCAGCACCAGCCCCUUCCCCGGCCCCUCACCCCCUCCCCACCGCGCCUCUUCCCGGCCCGCCACGGCCCCUUCCUUGUGGGUUCCUUCGUGGGGGUGGCUGAGGCUUCUGACGCCCCCGAUGGGCCUGGCCUGAGCCCAGCCGCCUUACCUCAUGACCAUGAUGACCUCUUUGAUGACAUCGUGCUGACCCCCGACAUACCUGGGCCCCUCCCUCUGGCCCCGGGACCCCUGGAAGGCCUGCUGCCAACCCACGGCGCUCUGGGGUCCCCAUUAUUGACUUCUGCUCUCCCAGAGACCCCUCCUCUAAUCCCUAAUAGUCCGGGGCAAAUCCAUCAUGGCUUAUCCCAGUGUACCCACCAUUCCCCACCCCUGGAACCUCUACCCUUUGCCCAUGGUGCCUUGGAGGGCGGGCCCACCAUGUGGCAUCUUUCUCCUGAGUGGGGGUUCGUGGAGCAGGAGGGCCUCCCGUGGGGACGGGACCUGCCCCGCUGUAACUGAGGGAGGUGGCCAUUUCAAAAUGGGGAGGGGGGACACCCUGUCCCCUUGACCCCAGAGCCGAGAUCUUUGACCUUUAUUUUCCCAAAGAACCCCCCACCCCGACCCCAGCAGGGUCGACAGCACCACUCCUGGCUGUUCUACAGUAACCAAACAGAGGACAAGAAGUUCAGACACCCUCUGGACCCCCUGGCCCUAGGUCAACCUCGUCCCGGAAACAAAAAGUAAAACAAUAAAUUUGAAGACCUCUCAAGGGGGCUUCCUGCUCUGG